AUGUUACAUGUGCAUUACUCCAGUCCACUGGAUCUGACCCCUGCCUUUUUCUGCAAGUCUUGUGAAGUAAUCCAACCUCCCCAUGAAGGCAUAUCCUACUUUAACAUCCUGGAGUGUGAUUGCACAUUUACACUGGACACACAUCGGUUGCAGAAGAAGUAUUUACAACUUCAGCGAUUGCUGCAUCCAGACAAUUUCAGCCAGAAGUCUGAGAUCGAGCAGGGGUAUUCAGAGAGCCAGUCUGCUUUAGUGAACAAAGCGUACGAAACUCUGCUUAAGCCUUUGAGUCGAGGUCUUUAUAUGCUGGAAUUGCAGGGGCUGAAUAUCGGGGAAGGCACAGAUUCUGCAGUCAAUUCUGAGCUUCUAAUGGAGCUGAUGGAGAUCAAUGAAGCCCUUGAUGCAGUACAGACACCGCAAGAAGCUAAUGAGAUCGGCCAAGACACAAAAGGGAAAUUGGCAAACUUGACUGAGCAGAUAGACUCUGCCCUCAAUAAAGGAGAGCUUCAAACUGCCAAAGCGCUGCUCACAAAAAUGAAGUACUUUGCCAACAUCGAAGAGAAAGUAAAAGAGAAACUUUCUAGUUAUAUGUAA